CUUUAAUUAUAGUUUAGCCUGCCAACAGCGCUAAACAAAACAAUAGCGGUGGAACCACAAAACAAAUUCAGAUGGCGGUUAUGUUUCGUCAAAAUUCGAAUCAUUUGGCGCUGAAACCCUAGUUUCCAUUUCAAUCUUCCCGCUUUCCGCUAGUCUUUUUCCCAAAUAAGAUCCACUUGUCUAUCUAUUCUUCACAUAUCCAUCCAGUAUCCCCUGAUAAUACAUGGAAAGCGAUGAUGAUUAUCAGUUCGUUUACUUGCCGGAGGUUCCCCGUCCGAGGUUCAAACGUUUAAAGAAAGCUGUAGCAACGUCCAAAAAUCAACGUGGUCUCGUGUUUGACUUUGAUUUUGCCAAAUUGGAAGCUUUAGAAGAAGAUGAGAAAAGACGUGGGUCUGUUUUUGAGGAAAAGGGCGGUGAAGCCCAAGAAGAUUCAACUGAACUUGUGUCACCACACAACAGCGAAGUUGAGAUCAGAUUAGAGCCUGUUUAUGGAGAUAGUAGAAAAAAGUUCUUUGAUGACGAGGGUGUUCUCGUUUCUGAUCAGCAGUGGAAAGAGGUUAAAACAUCUCUCGAAUUUGGUCAUCAGUUUCGUGGCGAAGAACAUCAACAAAUUGGUGAAGAUUUGGUAUCUAAGGAGAUUCAUGAAGAGAUUGGAGAAACUGACAAAGAGAUUGGGGAUAUGAAUAUGGAGAAAUUCGGAAUACAACAAGAUGUUGAAGGAGAUGGCAAAAAGACAAAAAAGAAGAUGAGAUCUAAAGGUGGCCUUGGUAGACAAGUGAAGCCUAAAGAACUGGCUUCGAAUAGAAGAAUAGCAGCAAAGGAAAGCAAAACAUUUCUUCAGCAGCUUCAGGUUGAUACUCAACGAUUAUUGCGAGAAAGCAAGGAUGCAACCUUUAAGCCUAUACCAGUUGUACAUAAGCCAAUAUCCUCGGUUCUGGAAAAGAUUCGGAAAAGGAAGCUUGAAAUCUCAAAAAACAGGACCACAAUGCUAACUGGAAACAGUUCCAUUCACAAGUUUACUGCUUCUAGAGAGGUUAUGAUGGAAGUAGAUGCGAAGGGUGCAUAUUCUGAAGAACAAAGAGUUGACAAACUGGAAACAGAGUUGGAAGGGAAAGUGAAUGCUCAUGGCAUAGAAGCGAGGAUUACAGAUACUUCCAAUAUUGAUGGAAUUUCAGUACUUCCAAUUAAGAGAAGCAGUGAAAUUGUUCCUGAUGAAAUGGCUUUGGAUGAAAAGCACAAUGCUGUAUUUAGAGCUCCUGUUGAUGACACCCAGGAUUUAUUUGAUGAUUUUGAACUAACAGGCAGUAAGGAUGAGAUACUUGAUGACCUGGCUUCUAGUCAUUUGGAAGAAGUAAUGGCACCGUCUCUCCUUGCUUUGAACUUGAAGUUUGAUUCCGCCCCUCCAGAUGAAAGUUCCUCAGAUGACGAGGAUAAUGACAAGGAGAACAUAAGUUCACAUAUAAAAGGUGGCGGUGGCUGCAAUUCUCCAAAGGGAGACCCUGUUAAAGCAUUUGUUGAUGAUGAAGCAGAGGUAGAAGAAGACAGUGGUGAUGACCUAUUCCAUUUUUGUGAUAAUGAAGACGAUAAUGAUAUUGAUGAUUCUGCUGAACUCCAUGAUAUUAUUGCCACUGAUUACAAAGAGAAGCCAAUUGAUAAUGAAAAGCGGAAUGAACUUCAUCAAAAGUGGCUUGAGCAACAGGAUGCAGCUGGAACUGAAAAUUUGCUGCAACGAUUAAAAUGGGUUGUAGAACAAAAAGAGAUGUUGGUUGAUGAUGAACUAGAAAGAGAAGAGUGUGAAGAAGAGGUCAAUGACGUCACUCACAUGGAUGCAGUACCUAAGAGUUCUACGUGGUUGAAUUCAAAAAACACAAAGCAAAUAAUAAUGCAGAUGUUUGUAGAUAAAGAUGAUGUUUUCUUAUCUGAUGAAGAUGAGGAUACUGGAAAGAGGCUUGUCAAGCAGCGUAUGCUUUAUAAUUCUGAGCUUACAAAUGUGGCGCCACCUAUUGAGGAUGAAAUUUCCAGUGAGAUAUUUGGACUUAUAAAGAAGCUUAAUACUGUGCCGGAUAAUAAGAGAAAAUCAAAAGCAUCCUCAUUCUUUGAUACAGUUCUAGGGGAUCAAAAGAAGAAAAGUUCUUUGAAGUCCUCUUUUCUUGGACGAGUUACAAAUCAUCUCCCAUCAUCCCAUAAACAAAGUUCAACAAUAGUUCGUUCUUUCAUCUUUGGACGGGAUGACAGCAAUAGCCGAAGCUCAAUGUCAAUGUCAGAGGAUUCUUCAGAUAUGACCGUGAAAGAAAACCUUCCAAACAGGAAUAGUUCAACUAUGUUUGGAAGCUUCCAAGCCAAAACCGGCAGUCAAGGUGAAAAUUCUGCUGCAGGAACAUCAGCUGCUGCUCCGUUAUUUGAGAUAUUAAAGCGAUCUUCAGCACCAUCUAAUCUCUGUUCUCAAGAUGUUUUGCUUGACCUUCCUAAGCCUCUCCUUACUGAUCUUAGAGAUUUAAAGAGAUCCAAGGCACAGGGAAAAAUAUAGUUCACUAUAUAGUGGUUUUUGUGUGUGUUUUUCCUUUUUAUCUUCUCUCUUUCUCCAGAAAGAAUUGAAACUCGUAUGUGAUCUGAAAACAGUGGUGAGGCAAUGCAGGUACAAGACGUUUCUUUUUUGGUGAAUAAUACCUAUUCCAGAUGUUCCUUUCUUUUCUUUA